UUAUCUGAAUUUUCAAUGGAUGGUGACUUUGUUAUUGGAGGUGUUUUUUCCUUACACAACAAACUGCUCACAGUGACUAAUAACUACACCACAAAGCCUGAGCCUCUAAGAUGCACAGGGAGGUUAGUAAGAAGGAAAAUGCAUUGCUCUCGCACAAUGAUCUUGGCCCUUGAGGAGAUUAACAACAGCACAGAACUGCUGCCGGGCAUUAAACUUGGAUAUCAGAUCUAUGAUUCGUGUGCUUCAGCACCCGUGGCUGCACACAUUGCAUUUCAACUUUCAAAUGGCCAUGAUCCUGUGUUUUACAAAGACAGUGAUUGUUCCCAAUCUGGAGUUAUGAUGGCUGUUGUUGGAGAAACAAACUCAUCGCCAUCCAUCAGCAUGUCACGAAUCAUAGGUUCUUUUCACAUUCCUCAGGUGAGCCACUCUGCCUCUUGUGCCUGCCUGUCAGACAAGAAGCAGUUUCCAACAUUUUUCAGAACAAUUCCCAGUGAUCAGUUCCAGGCUGAUGCUUUGGCCAAGCUGGUGAAACACUUUGGCUGGACUUGGAUAGGUGCUGUUCGCUCCGACUCGGAUUAUGGAAAUAACGGCAUGGCCUCUUUUCUUGCUGCAGCUCAGAAAGAGGGGAUCUGUGUGGAGUACUCUGAGUCCAUCAUUUGGACAAACCCACUCAGCAAGAUCCGGAGAGUAGCCAAUGUUAUCCGCAGAUCGACAGCAAGGGUAGUUGUGGCUUUUGUUGCUUCAGGAGACAUGAGUGUCUUGUUAGAGGAGCUGGCUUUGGAUCCCCCUCCACCUCGUCAAUGGGUAGGAAGUGAUGGCUGGAUGACAGACUUGCUGAGUUUUAGUUUCUGUGAGGGCACUAUUGGAAUAACUAUUCAGCAAUCUGUCAUCCAAGGGCUCAGAGACUCCCUGCUGGAUCUCUCUCCCACUGAAGUAGCGGCCUCCUCGGUGCUUACUGAGUUCUGGGAGGAUGUGUUUAACUGCACACUGACAAAAAGCGCUGACACAGACAAAAGAGUGUGUAAUGGAAGUGAAGACAUAAAAAAGCUCAACCACUCAUACACUGAAGCAUCGCAGUUUAGAGCUUCUACCAUGGUGUACAAGGCUGUUUAUGCAAUAGCUCAUGCCAUUCACAAUGCAUUGUGUCAGAGAACAAAUUUCACCACUCAGUGUGAUAAAAACAUCAGAUUGGACUCCAAACAGGUUUUAUCAGAACUGAAAACAGUAAACUUUUCCCAAAAUGGUUAUACAGUGUCUUUUGAUGCUAAUGGGGAUCCUGUGGCAUUUUAUGAUCUGGUUAACUGGCAGAAGAGUGAGAGUGGAGCCAUCGAGUUGGUAACUGUAGGAUACUAUGAUGCAUCACUGCUAAAAGGUCAGGAGUUUCGUAUUACCAGGAAUAUAACCUGGAUGGAUGGCACAAGACAAGUUCCAGUGUCAGUGUGUUCAAAGAGUUGUUCUCCAGGCACUCGUAAAGUGUUGCGGAAAGGAAAACCCAUCUGUUGCUAUGAUUGUAUACCAUGUCCUGAAGGAGAGAUCAGUAAUAAAACAGAUUCUACUGAUUGCUUAUCAUGUCCUACUGAAUUUUGGCCUAACCUGGAGAGAGAUACUUGUUUACCCAAACCUGUAGAAUUUUUAUCCUUUAACGAAGUUCUGUCAGUCAUCCUAGCUACUUUCUCUGUUUUUGGAGCCUGUCUGGCCAUCAUUACAGGAAUUAUAUUCUUUCAUCACAGAACAACUCCAAUUGUCAGAGCCAACAACUCUGAGCUGAGUUUCCUGCUGCUCUUCUCUCUGACUCUGUGUUUUUUAUGUUCGUUAACUUUCAUCGGAGCUCCCUCUGAGUGGUCCUGCAUGCUGCGGCACACAGCUUUUGGUAUCAUCUUUGUUCUAUGUAUCUCCUGUGUUCUUGGUAAAACUGUAGUGGUUUUAAUGGCCUUUAAAGCUACACUUCCAGGUAGUAAUGUCAUGAAAUGGUUUGGACCUCCACAACAAAGGAUGACUGUGGUGUUUUUGACAUUUAUUCAAGUUUUGAUAUGUACUGUUUGGUUGAUUCUCAGUCCUCCUUUUCCAAUGAAAAAUCUGACAACAUACAAGGAGAAGAUCAUCCUGGAAUGUGCAUUAGGCUCUGCUGUUGGCUUCUGGGCUGUGCUCGGGUACAUUGGUCUGCUAGCUGUUUUUUGCUUUGUGUUAGCUGUUCUAGCUCGAAAACUACCUGAUAAUUUUAAUGAAGCCAAGCUGAUAACCUUCAGCAUGCUGAUUUUCUGUGCAGUGUGGAUCACCUUCAUCCCAGCAUAUGUCAGCUCUCCUGGAAAGUUUACUGUGGCUGUGGAGAUAUUUGCCAUACUGGCCUCCAGUUUUGGACUGAUACUGUGUAUAUUUGCUCCAAAGUGUUUCAUCAUAAUAUUUCAGCCAGAGAAGAACUCCAAAAAACAUUUAAUGAACAAAAUCUAA